AUGUCGACGGCCAAGCGCCUCAAGAGCAACCGUGAGCCUAAGUCGCAAGCCCCGAAGCCAGACACCGCCCGCCCGACGGCCGCCGACAUCGAGGGCGAGUCCGAGUUCGCCCAGCUCGCCCGCCAGCACUGGCUGAAGACCACCAAGCGCGGCGCCAAGUCCAAGGCCAAGGUCAAGGUCAAGCAGAAUGUCGUCAAGCAGGACCUGUGGGACGCCUUGGAGAAGGACGGCUUCCAGUACAAGGCCCUACUGGUGCUCGAGGGCCUCCAGGUCCUGGAAAGCUACCUGUGGCCCGGCUACUCGGACGACGCCUCCAACUUCCAUGUCUUGCUGAUCGCCCUCAUCACCAAUGUCAAGGCCCGCGAGCGCCUCGAGACUUGGCCCAUCUUCGAGGACCGUCCCGACGAUUUCUCCCUGUUGUUCCGCCGCAUCUUGUCCAUGGCCCUGGACCAGACCCUCUCCCUCACCAUCCGGACCCAUCUUCUAUGCUUCAUCAUCAACGCCUUCCAGAGCCUGGACUGCGCCAUUGUGAGAAAGGAAUGCGCGCCCUUGGUGUCCAUCUCCAUCUGGCACGGCUUAUCAUCUGAGACGAAGCGCGACGCCAGGCUCGCAGAUAAUGCGCACCUCAAGAAGGCAUGGAAGGCUGCAGCCAGGAGAUACGAGUCCGCCGACGAGGAGACACAGACCCGCCUGCGCUUUGAAAGGCAAUGGCUUCUCGCCCUGACUCUGCAUUUCAUGAGCAUGCUCCACCAGCCCAAAUUCUCCGCCGAGCAUCUUCUCUACGCCUCACGCUUCAUGGAGCUUCUCAUUGACCUCCAGAGCUCAUUGCCGACCAGGAGAUACGUCAACACCUUGCUCCAGGACCUGCAUCUGCUGGUAGCCAUCAGCUUGUCACCCAUGUACAAUGCUGAAGAAAGCACCCUCCUGCGUAGGCAAUGGUUCUUGUUGCGCGACUACACCUACUUCAACAUUGACGAUCAAACGGGUAUUCAGCUCAGUCAAUCAGAAACGUAUGAGCGCCACUGUAACGCUCUGAAGAAGCUGCAGCAGGUAGCAUUUCGCCAUUUCAAGGACAAGCUGGCCGUGCUGGCGCUCUCCAACUAUGGCUCUAUUGAGAAGGGCGCCGAGCUCAAGAGUCUGUUGGAGCCGCUACAAGACAAUGAAGUCUUGAAUUUGGCCGUGUUCCUGGAUUUGAGGACGGAAUACCCUCCGUCGUCCAAUGUCACAGUAGACCGAGCUUUCCUGAUUGAGGCAAUCGUCACCACUUUUGAGCGCAGGAAAACAUUCCAACAGUUCGCAGCCGCGAACUUGCCAACGGAAGUCGAAUUGUGGAAUGUGCUCAUGUCCACGACCGAUGACUACGACGGUUCAAAGCCUCUUGCCCUGCCCAAGCUGAACCUGCAGUACCUGUCUGUUGUGGAUUUCCUAUGGCGAGCCAUGGUACUUUAUCGAGCUGAGUCCUUCCAUGGAAUCCGGAAUGACAUUGAAACUGCUCUCAGGCGGCUACGCCCCGAGGUUGGGAGAUCUGGUGAAACGAGGUUUGCUGGUUCCUCCAAGAUGGCGUUACCCACUUCCAAGGUCUCUAUCCUUGAGGUUGUGCCGCCCUUGGUUGGGGAGCGAAAGCCCUCAGCUGUCCGCGCCGAGAUAUCUCUGGAUCUUCGUCGUCUCUCCGACCGUGUGCGUUACGAGUGGGACUCUCUGCGGCCAAACGAUAUUGUGUUCCUGGUCUCGGUAGAUGCUUCCCUUAUGAAGAGCACAUCGAAUGGGGACAGUAAACCCACGUCGGAGGCCGAGAGGCUUGGAAUAGUAGCUGUGCGAACGGCCGAGGUCGUCCAAAUCACCGACGACAAAGGCCGUUCAAUCAAAGACCCUAAUGCUCAUCUGAAUGGGGGGAUUCGUUCAUCUUCGCGUAGGGUUCAGUUGAAACUUGACGCGGAGACUUAUCAGCAAGAUACACAACGUCAUUCAUCGGGCAAGUUAGAAGUAUACGACAGAAUCAACCUCAUCAUCCGAAGAAGCGGGCGCGAGAACAACUUCAAGCCGGUCUUGGAGUCGAUCUGCAAUCUCGUCCAGUCUGAGGUGCCUCUGGCACCUUGGCUGCAUGAAGUAUUCCUUGGUUACGGUGAUCCAGCGGCCGCAACCUACAAGAACCUACCAAACCGAGUGAAGAAGAUAGAUUACCGAGACACGUUCCUGAACUGGCAACAUCUCGUGGAGAGCAUGCCCGGGAAGGCUGUCGAGCCUGGUUUCAAUGUCUCGGGCAGCUUUGGACCUCCAUACGUGCUCGAGUCGGUCGACAAAGCGACAGAAGUGCCUCAAACCAAGCCGUCCAAGAAGAGAAGAAGGGACGCUGAACCUGCUCUCCUGGCCGAGGUGGAGACGUAUCAUGUUUCCACAUACAAGCCUCCGAACACGGGGCCGUAUCCCAUUGAUGCGCCCAAAUGGAACUCCGUUCGUUUCACAGCUACUCAAAUCGAUGCCAUCAUCUCCGGUACACAGCCAGGUCUCACAGUCAUUGUCGGUCCACCUGGAACUGGAAAAACAGAUGUAGCCACCCAAAUCAUUAACAACAUAUACCACAACUUCCCGGAGCAGCGGACACUUCUCAUUGCACAUUCCAACCAGGCGUUAAACCAACUCUUCGCCAAGAUAGCAGCUUUAGACAUUGACCAACGCCACCUGCUUCGUCUUGGUCACGGCGAAGAGGAGCUGGAGCUGCAAGGUAGUUUCAGCAAACAUGGCCGGGUAGAGUCAUUCAUGGAGAACCGCGAUCAAUAUCUUCAGGAAGUCAAUCGCCUAGCAGCGAGCAUUGGCGCUCCAGGAGCCCACGGUAACUCCGCCGAGACCGCUGGGUACUUCAACUCUGUCUACAUUGAACCUGCGUGGACCAAGUUUACAGAGGCCACGAAGGCAGCGGAUGCCUCACCUUCGGAUAUUGUCCAUGCAUUUCCUUUUCACCAAUACUUUUCCAACGCGCCCCAGCCACUGUUUCCUGCGGAUGCAGACAGUCCUACAGUCCUGGAUAUUGCCAAUGGCUGCUACCACCACAUAUCCAAGAUCUUUUCUGAGCUGAAGGAUGUUCAGCCAUUCGAAAUCCUCAAAAGGGAAAAGGACAAGGCCAACUACCUUCUGACGAACGAGGCGCGCAUAAUCGCCAUGACCUCAACCCACGCUGCUAUGAGGCGAAGCGAAAUAGCCAACCUUGGCUUCCAAUACGACAAUGUGGUCAUGGAAGAAGCCGCCCAGAUUACCGAAGUCGAGAACUUCAUCCCGCUCGCCAUGCAGAAGCCCAAGGAUGGUCAAACACCUUUACAGAGGGUGGUUCUUUGCGGUGAUCAUUACCAGAACUCGCCAGUCAUCCAGAACUUUGCUUUCAGACACUUUGCGAAUCUCGAGCAGUCUCUAUUCUCUCGUCUGGUUCGCCUUGGAAUUCCUGUGAUCACGCUGGAUCAACAAGGUCGCGCUCGUCCCUCCAUUGCAGCACUAUAUCAAUGGCGAUACCCGAGUCUCGGCAACUUGCCCCACGUGGAAAGUCUCCCAGAGUUUCAAACCGCGAAUGCUGGCUUCAAGUACGAUUUCCAAUUCAUCAAUGUGCCCGAUUAUAAGGGCCGCGGUGAGAUGGAACCGACGCCCCACUUCAUUCAGAACCUAGGCGAGGCUGAGUAUGCGGUCGCGAUCUACCAGUACAUGCGUCUGCUCGGAUACCCUGCAGAUAAGAUCAGCAUCCUCACCACUUAUGCCGGCCAGCGUGCCCUUGUGAAAGACGUCCUCUCCCAUCGGUGUGCAAAGAACUCCAUCUUUGGUUUGCCCAAGAUCGUGACAACGGUCGACAAGUAUCAGGGCGAACAGAACGACUACAUCAUUCUCUCACUGACUCGCACGUCGCGCGUUGGCUAUUUACGAGAUAUUCGCCGUCUUACUGUAGCACUGUCCCGUGCCCGGCUUGGUCUCUAUAUCCUUGGCAGACGUGAAGUUUUCGAGUCUUGUUAUGAGCUGAAGCCGGCCUUCGAACUGCUCCUCCAGCGGCCCGACAAACUUGCUCUCGCCACUGGCGAGCUCUGGCCCUCGGAGCGUCUGCUAGCUAGCGAGGACGGUGCUACGGUUCCGGGCGAGGCUGUCAUGGAAGGCGUUGAGCACCUUGGUCAAUUCGUCUUCGAGAUGACAAACUCGCGGAUCAAGCAACUUCAGGAGGAAAACGGGUUGCCUCAAGCGCAGAUCGUCGAGGUCAUGGAACCGGUCAACGAAGAGGACGAGAGCGAGUAUGUCGAAGGCGUCAAGGGCACCGAGGAGGACGCCGAAGAAGUUGCCCAGGAGGUCAAGGAGGGCUUUGAGGCUGAGGAGGAAGAUGACUAG